AUGAAACCUCUAAAGCAAUUGCCUAUUCUCCGUCUACCGUUCCGAGCAAUGGAGCAAGUAUCUAAGGGAAUGCACUCAAUAAUGAAAUUGAUUAGCAAUCGUAGAGAUAAUAAAUUCCCAAUCCUCUGUCUCCCGUUUCUUGCCAUUGAAGAAAUCUUCAAAACGAUGGAUCUAAUCGAAAUAAUCAACUUCUCAAUGAUUAGCAAACGUACCAGAACAGUAGCGAAAUCGAUGAGCUUCUUUUCGAAAUAUUCUAUAGAUUUUUAUAUAAAUGAAACUCUGGAUGUCAGGCUUUAUGGAACUAAAGAGAUGGUAUCAUACAUUUAUGUAAUGACAUCAGACAUAAAAAUGAAUGGAAAAAGUGAGAAAAAGAAACAGAAUGGUAUCAUUAUACGGAAAGUAUAUAAAUAUUCGAAGGAUCCAGUGAAGGAAUGGAAACAAUUGAGUACACUUGUAUUGGAUAUAUUCAAGAAGCAAACGAUUAACUCUUUAUCAAUGCAAAUGGAUGCAUUCGUAGACCACAUUUCAAUUAUUAAUUUUUUUAAAGCUACUGCAAAACGAGUGGACGAUUGCUUCAUUUACCAGCUGGAUCAACAAAACAACGUAGAUGAGAAUGUCGCUUAUCUCCUGAAUAAUGUUACAAUUAGCAAUAGUUUAGAGACUUGGCUACACAUUAAAACAUAUUUUUUCAAUGGGAAAAUUCCUAAAAACUUGAAGGAAUUAUAUAUCAACGACUCGCGAUGGAUUGGAUAUGAGAAACUGUUGGAAAUUGAUUGUAAAAAUGUGAUACUGAAAAAUGAUAGGAUCUGGGAAAAAUAUUGGAAUUUAUUCCUCAAGAAAUGGAUAGCAAUGAAAACGAAUUUCAAUCUGGAAUGUUUGCAACUCAGUCACAAACAUUUGGAGACAUUCAGAGCACUCGUAUUGCAUGAUAUACCGCAUAAAGUGGUGGAUGGAGGGGUCAAACGAGUAUUGAAAACAUUUUCGAUGAAAGGAGGAACUUAUGAAUUUAGUGGAACAGUGGGAAAAGGUCUCAAUCUCUUCCAACUAUUCUCUGCUCAAUGCGGGAGAAAAUUGAUGGAUACUCAUAUUUUGUCUUCUACUAAAAACCGCAAUUAUCAUGUAUAUCUGUUGGCAUAA